GUAUUGAGAGCGUCGCUUCUGGUCUUGCGUUCCACAUUCGUUCGCCCUCCGCUUUCUUUCUUCCUCGUGAUUUCUUCGCCGAUUUAUAUAUACUCGAUCCUCCCCCUCUCUCAUCGGAGCUGGAGAAGAGGAAUCGGGGCUGUUAUUCGGUUCUGCGGUUUCAGGGAGAAAUCUCGGCGGGGCGUGUUGCGUUUGGGGGUUUCUAGGUCGCGGGGAGCUGAAUGCGGUCGAGAACCAGCGUGAGGGCGGCAGGGACGGCGGCGUUUAGCCCGGUGAAGGAAGAGAAGGUGGAGGCGGAGAAAUGGGAGGUGAGGCCGGGUGGGAUGCUGGUCCAGUCUCUCAGCUCGCACGCCGACGCUGUCGGCGCUCCCGUCCCCGCCAUCCGCGUCAAGGUCAAGUACGGCGCCGUCUACCACGAGAUCUACAUCAGCUCCCAGGCCUCCUUUGGGGAGCUGAAGAAGGAGCUGUCUGCGAGGACGGGGCUGCACCCGCUGGACAUGAAGCUGUUGUACAAGGACAAGGAGAGGGCGUCGGCGACCUUCCUCGACGCCGUCGGCGUGAAGGACAAGUCUAAGGUGGUGUUGACGGAUGACCCAACGGCGAAGGCGAAGCGACUACUGGAGAUGCGCAAGACCGACAAAAUUGACAAGGCUGUGAAGUCCGUCUCCGCAAUCAGCCUUGAGGUCGACCGUCUCGCCUCCAAGGUAACGGCGCUGGAGGCGAUUGCGAACAAAGGCGAACGAAUCGUGGUCAACGACGUGUCCAAUCUCAUCGACUGCUUGAUGAAUGAGCUUGUUAAGCUGGAGGCCAUCGACGCCGACGGAGAUGUGAAGCAGCAAAAGAGACAGCAGAUUAAGAGAGUGCAGAAACAUGUGGAAACGCUCGACUUGAUCAAGCUCAAGAACGGUCAAGCGAGGAAAGAGCGGCAGCCUCAGUGCCAACCACCGCAGAAACUUCAUUCGCCGCCGCAAGCAGUGCUGCACUCGAUUCAGCCCCAAUACCAGCAACAAAUGCAGCAACCACACAACCCUUUUCUACAGCAAAAUCACCACCAGCAGCAGCCGGCGCGUUCUCAGUCAGCGUUCUGGGAACCGUUCGAUCUGCUGACACCGUCCACCUCCACGCCCACUUCCGCCACCACCUCCACCGCCUCCUCCACUCCCCACGCUAGCUUCGAUUGGAAGCUGUUCUGAAUUGCCACUGCCUUGGAAAAUUCAACAAUGCGGGCGAUCGAUCGAUUCUACUACUAGUAUUCUCUGUGUCAUUGUGUGUAAUCUAUUGAUAAAUAAAUGGAUAUAUACACCGUAUGAUCUUGUCGAGAUCUAUCGCUUGAAGGUAAACAAAGGCUGCCGGGUUCCAUAUUGCAUAAAUUUGUAUCCCAAAAACAUUAUUCAUAUUGAAGGUCAAUGUUCAUAGAUGUAAUUUCAAACACAUAAAUAUAUAUUGGUAAAUGGGUGGUUGAUGGAAUUUAA